AUGGCGCUGAGGAGUAAAUAUUCAGAUUUGCCGGGCAUUGUAAGUUUUUCUAUCAUGAUCAUUUCUUUAUUAUUUCAUAGUUAAGCGUCUGAAUAACCCAGAUAGAUUUUGGCUUUAACCUCUGAUUUUAUGCCACUGCCUUGAGUACCUUGAUGCGAAGCGAAAUUGAGUUGAAAUUUAUGUGUUUCUUACUAAACAUAAGCUUACACAGUACAUGUAUUUGGUCUGUACUGCAGGAUAAUCAACCCGAUGUGUUUGAGACUCCAGAUAUUGUGGAGAAAUCAGAUGAAGUUGACGGAUCAUCGGUAUUUAUUGUUUAAUAUAAGAUUAUCCUAUCUGACAUAAGUGAUCUCCUCUGGGCCAUUCGAUUUUAUAUACACACCUCCCUAUUAUAAUUAACGAGAAUUUCAGAAUAGGUAUACAAAGAUGGAAUUUCAGAAGGUUGUAGGAUUUAAGAGCAGAUGUUAUGAGGGAAAGUAGCAGAAAUUUUUUCUUUUGCUGGGCAUUAAGUAGGCUUCAUUUUGGUGGCAAAAGUUUUAAGAAAAUCGUUUAGGAUCUUAGGAUUAGAUGGAAGGAAAGUUAGGAGGGUAGUGGAACAAGCUUUUCACGGAAAUUUUCUGGUGAAUGUUAAGUGGGUUUUGCCUUUUUCUCCGGCUUCCUUGACUUAACUGUGCUCAGUCUGGUAUGGUUUGAAAGAUCUCUGUCCUGCAAAAGUUAGCCAACAAAGUUGCCGUUGACCCUUAAAACUGAUGACGUCACAAGUGGUAGAAGGGAUGUGGAUUUGCACAGCCAGUUAAUUGCAGUUCAGGGGCGAAUGGGUAAAUAGCAGUUUUUGCGGUUUAUCUCUGUCCAUGGUAUGGCUCCUACUUACAGUACAGAUCUUCUUCAAGCUUACAUUCGCCAUGGGACCUUAGGAGUUGUUUAUAUGAUACCGGAAUGACUUUCCUUCAGGAAAUUAUGAGAUUUGUUCCAGAGUGAAGUUUGUACUGCAUUUAAGUGAAAAACUCAAACAGCUUCGCUUAAGACGUUCUCACUCAUGCCACUCACCCCAGAUAACACUAUUUGCAAUUUUCAAUUUUGAAGGUAGUUUUUUUCAUAUUGCAUGAAAUUUCAUAUCAAAACGAGAAUUUUAUUCGGAAAGAAAACCAGAAUGAACUGAUUCCAGAAUGACUUGUAUGGGAACAAAAUAUCAUUUUUUUUGUUAUCAUGAAAGCAAGUACAGAGAAAUAUUUGGAGAUGGAAUAAACUCACUCCAGGAUGAGCACCUUUGGACCCUUGGAAAAAAGUGUUUUAUAAAUGUCUCAUUAUUAUCAUCAUCAUCAUCAUCAUCAUCACCAUUAUUAUUAUUAUUAUUAUUGAUAUUGUGAAUUUUCAAUUUCAGGUCCAAAAUGGAGAUGAAAAUGUUCACUUGUUAAAAAUUGACACUAGUAAAGCAUUUGAGAAAUUCAGUGGAAAAUACUUGGAUUCUACUGAUUCUGGUGAGGAGAUGUUUCAUGAGUUCCAUUCCUCUUUGACCCAUUUCUUUGAUCUUGUAUAAUUUCUUUCAUGAAUAACUGAAUCAUUUGAUAAUGCAAUUCUAGAGCUUUGCCAUUAUGGUAUAUGAGCCAUUAUACCAUGCUCUCCAAAUAUGGUAACUGUACACCUGCCCAAAAUUAAAAACAAGCUGAAAAUCAGUUGUUUUUAUAAAUAAAGUAGGGAAGAAUUCUCGAUAUUUUGUGGGCGUUUUUAAUAAAGCAAUUAUUAUUCCACUGGUGCUUGUUGGAUAUGAGAUGAUUAUAGCCAACUGGGCGCUACUUGCCUCGUUGGCUAUCUACCAUCUCAUAUUCAAUGCGCACUUGUGGAAUAAUUGUUAAAGUGCCCCUAACCCUUCGAUUUGUUUUCUUUUGGUAGAUUUCCAUAUCUUUCAAGAACUCAUUUCGAAAAAAAUUUUCAGAAAUAUUGAAUCCUUUUUUUUUACGAGCGCUAAAAGUUACCGAAAUUUUUAAAUUUUUGCGCACUAUAAGCCCUGCUGGACAAAUUUUGUCUGAUACUUGACACUUUUUAGCUGUGAGGUAAGAAAAGGACACCACUCCAAAGCACGAAGCAUUGAAAGUAUAUAUAGUGCGAUCAAAGAUUAUUGGUAUGAGUAUAUGUCCUCUUCCGAAGAGUUUUCCGACACAAGUGGCGAAGAGUAUCUUUCAGACGAUUCAGAAUGCCUUGACUUUUUGCACGAUGUCCUCUUCUUACGUCACGCUCCAUAUCUAGACACAUUUGGCCGAGUGGGGGACUAAUACGAACGAUAGGUGAAAAUAUUGACAAGACUGCCUUCACUUUUAGCACUCGUAAAAAAAAGGAUUCAAUAUUUCUGAAAAUUUUUUUCGAAAAUGAGUUCUUGAAAGAUAUGGAAAUCUACCAAAAGAAAACAAAUUGAAGGGUUAGGGGCACUUUAAAUAACAGAAUAGACCACACUACCAAGGAACUUCCUGUAGUCUUUUGGAACAGGAGGGAAGAUUCUAUACAUCCCCUUUAAAUUAACUAAGGAAAGAAGGAUUCAACAACUUAACGUCAUCACCCAACUGAAAGAGUCAUGAUUUCAAACACAGCCAAUAUGAUCUUAAUAGUAACCCUGGCCUCCUGCGCUAGAGAAUAGCCCAUUUCCAAAUGUGCUAACUAGGGAACAGUAAUGUUUUUAGCUUUUUACAUCUCACUUAAAGUUAGUUUGGCCAAGGGCUAGCUUGGGACUACAUAGAUUCUCCUUCUCCAGUCACUUUGGUCCAGCAUUGCUAUUCUGAGUUCUCCGAUAGUGGCGAACCCAUGUGUGUUAUGUACGUGGUCCCUAAACACAACAUAAGCUUCUAUGUGUCAUCCUCUUUGUGUCUAACACAAUGCCCAGCUAAUCUCUUUCUUCUUUCCCUGAUCAUGCUAGAAAGCUUUAAGAGGUGACUGUACAGAUCUUUAUUUGAGAUGUGAUUCCUCCAAGAAAUGUUUAGUGCCGUGCAAGGCAUCCUAGUAUUAUGAAGGAAAUAUAAGAAAAUAAGAGUUGCAAUGUAAAUAAUGUUUAGUAUUCUUUUGACGCCCCUGAAUGCAACGGAUGGUAAUCAUGAACAAAGUUUUAGUUCUUUGUUGUUCUGGUUAUUCUUUUUUUGCCAUUAUUCUUUAGAUUUCUCAGGGCAAUCUGGCCCAAGGCAGAUGAGAGGUUAUGUGACAAAAACAGAGUAUGAAAUGCUAGGAGAUGGAACAACUAAGGAAACACCACAGAAUAAAUUCAACAGACUUCAGCAUGAGAUAAGAGAGCUUGCAGAGGAACUUGAACAUAUCAAGGUAUCAUCCCUAUCCCUCCUUAUAGUUGACAAAGUAAAAAAAAUCACAACAAAUGAAAAUUGUUUUUGUUUUUGUUUUUGUUUUUUUAAAAUCCUAAGAAAUAAAGUAAUAGAAGUAAGCCAAAGUGUUUCCAUUUUUUUGUUUUUGAUGGAGCUAACUACAACAGUCAAUGACAACUGACAAGAAUUUUCCCAUAUCAGACAACUUCUUACCUACUGUCAGUAGACAUGUACUGGACUGAUCUGUCAUUUUGCAGAACAACAUGGAUUAAAAUUGCAUGUAGUACAUUCUCUUCAAAAGGAAGAUGUGUCAGGACUUCUUCUUGUGAGAGACCUCCUGCAGUUUGCCUCUCAUAAGAGACCACCUCCCAUAAUUGACCUCUAACUCUUCGCAUUUUGGUUGGUCGCUUGCGUGAGGUUCGACUGUAUGUUAAAUGACAGUAUCAUUGUUUUACAUCAUUUGCUCAACUAGGUUUUCUGUAAUUCCAAAAACCUCUGUUAAAGCUUACGUGAUCUCUGAGCAUUGCUGCUUCAUUUUAAAAUUGUUGUUUUACAGGACACAAUGCAAGAUGAAAAGGAAGAGAAGAAACUCUCUCCAGUUGUACUCGUACAAGAGGUAAAUUCAUACUUUAAGGAUCAAAUUAGUUAGGUGAACUGCCCUACCCUGCCUGAUAUUCAGGUUUUAUUUUUAAUACAUUUAAUGUCAUACUCAUGCAAUCCAUCCUUUUUUUGCUGUGAGCUACCUUGUCAUUCCUUUAAGAUUUUUCUUUUCACAGAAUUCACAGAGAGAAACCUCUUGGAGAGCUGUCUCCAUUUUGUGUGAAUUUGACUCUAAGAAAAUAAACUUCAACCCCAUUUUAACUCCAACAAAGAACAAAAUCACUAGAAAAGUUUUUUUUUAGAUUUGAAGAUUUUAUGCAUGUUUUUAGUAAUUCUUAACCUGUGUCUAAUUUCUGUUUUAAGCAGGAUGUUAGAUGUCAAUAAAAAUCGAUCAGCAGAAACCGAGUCAAUAAGUCGAUAGUAUUCUAUAUUAAUUUUGUCAAUAAUUAUUGUCGAUUGUUAUAUUUGUCGAUAAGAGUAAAAAAUCACAGUAAUCUCAGGACAGGUAAUCAAUUUCAAUAGACUUUUGAGACCUGAACUGAGAAUAUCUGUUGUGGAUCAAUGCAAACUUGAGGUGAAUGCUGCGUAAGGAGAAGGAUUUGGACGUCGUAAUUCUUCAAAUGCACAUGGAUAAUACUAAUUACAAAAGGAUAUAAAAACUGUUCAAACAAAUGCUGCAUCAGCUCAAGUAGACUUUCAAAAAAGUCAUUCGUCCAAUUUAAUAUGGUGCAGAACUUUUCAAAGAGAUCUUAAUGAUUUGCUAACUGAUUUGUUUUAUGAACAACCAAGACAAGACAAGACAUUUAUUACCAUAAUAUUGAUAAUCAAAAUUUUUUAUGAUGGACUUUUAUCGAUUUCAGAUGUCCACUGACUGAUUGGUAUUGAUAUUUAUUAACAACAAUCAAAAAUUCUAUUAAUGACAUGUAAUGUCCUGGGUGACCAAAAUUAAUUCUAUUUCAAAAUAGAUAUUACCUGGUAAUAAGUAAAAAGCAAAGAGAAAAGAACAGAAAGAAUAUGCUGAUCUCUUUCAUUAGAGAGAUUUGGAAUCACUUUUACAGCAAACGGCAAUUGUCGGCUUGAAGUUGACAAUUUCUCAAAGUAGGAAAUAAACAGAUAAAAACUAUGCAAAAUAAUUUUUAUUGAUAAGCCUGGCAUGAAACUACUUAUUUUUGUGUAGAUAUAAUAUUAACAGUAAACAGCAAGUAAAAGGAAAAUUUAGUCAGUCACAUUUUUUUUUGCCAUUUGCUGUUUGCUGUAGACUUGACUCUAAAUUUCUCUAUUGUGUUAGAAUAAACUUCAUUCAUUCAUUAAUUGAUUCAUUCAUUCAUUCAUUGUCGUUUAUUAUAUUUUCUUUUUACAGGUCCAAACACUUCAAAAACAGGUACAUGCAAAUGCUCUUUUCCAAGGUUCACACAGUCAUGAAAACUCCUUUAAUUUCAGCUGAAGUUCUUUGAAUGUCAUUGAAUACAAUAAAUUCUUUCAUCAAAGAAAUUCCUCAAGUUGUCCUUGAAUUACCUACAUCUUUGAAAAACUGGAAGCUGAAUUUAAUAAUUGUUAAUAGUCCUUUAAAGGUCCUUGAAGAAUUAUGUCAAAGGUUAUCUUCUUCAAAAGUGUGUAUUACUAAGUACCAUACUUCAGACUGAUGAUGAUGGUAUUAUCAAAUUUAGGAGAAACUUCUUUCAGGGUUGUCACUAAGAUUUUAAGUUGCCGGGUAAAUACCACAAGUGAAUGGGAAAUCAAACAGCCAGGGAUUUCUUUUGGUUCUUUUUUUCUUCCAUUUUCCAAUGAAAGUAGCCGCGACCCGGGAACCACAUUCAUAGUAGCGGGAGGAAAUCCCCGGCCCCCAGCUCUUAAUGACAGCCAACUUGUUCUGUGUUCUAAGUGUUUUAUUUACAUAUCUGUGUUUUUCAUUUGUCACAUAUUCAGCUUGAGGACUUACAUCUGGUCAAUGUGCUAGGGAAAGAGGUGAGUGAAAUUAAUAGUGUUAGUGAGUCAGGAUGUUAAUCACGCCCUCCAACCCAAAUAAGAAAGGAAAAGAAAAGAAAAUACCAAACAAGCAAACAAAAGUCCAAAAUGUAAUAAGUGUCAGAUUGUAGGCAUACACACUUGGCUAUGAGAUAUGCACAUAGGGAUGUCAUACGUGAAGUAGCAACCAUAUUUAGCCACCUAGUGAUCAAAUAAGAGAAGCAAUUUGAAUGACUUUGAGUCAGUUAUAUCAUCAAGCCCUCUGUGCAUGUGUCUUGGAGGCACUGAAAUUUUUUCAACUACAGUUCAAAACGGCCAAAGAACCAGGAGUCAAUGGCAAAUUCAAACCACAACUACAGUAGAACCCCGAUAACUUGAACUCCCCUCUAACUCAAACUAAGUCCCAUUUCUCUUGGAUUUCACCCCACUUGGCAGUCAUUUUUACUUGGCUGACUUGAACUCGGAUAACUCGAAUUUCUCGCUGACUCGAACUAAAGUUACUUCCCCUUGAUCAAAAUUUCACUGAAAUUUAGCCCGAUAACUUGAAUUCUGGUUCUUGUAACUCCACUCAGAUGCUAUGUCAUUAGCUCGAUCUUCUUGUUUUAUAAAUUGGUAAAUCCACUAAUACUAACACUACUUCAAUUUGAUUUUGAUUGGUGCAACUACAGGUCAUUUUUUAUCAUAAAAAGCAUAAUUGUGUCACAAUUUGGGUUAAACCAAGUUAAAUUUGCACUUACUAUACACUGAAGUGCUGAAAAAUCAGUAACUACUAAUAUUAUUACCCCUUUGAGCCCCAAUAUCUACAUACAAAUUCUCCAAACUGAUCUCUAUACAUUUAAGAAUUAAGAAUUAGUUAAGAGAAUUUGAUAAAAGACAAAAGCAUUGUCUCUUAGGUGAUCAUUUUGUUAAUUCUCAUAACCUGAUCUCUUGACACUGUGUGGAUGUUGUUAGGAGAAAAUUGAUGUUGGUCACUAUUGUGACUUAAAGGGUCAAGAUGGCAAACUUGACGUUCAAUCAACCCUGAUAACAUGAACUCCUGCUAACUCAAACUGUUUUUCUUUUCCCUUCAGAGCUUGAGUUAAUGGGGUUCUACUGUAUAGCAUUCCCAAGCCAGUCAUUCUCCCUGUUGGUUCUUAGCUCUAACUGGUUUUGUUUAUUACAGGCUUUGACAGUGGCAUCAACGCCUCAAGCAGGAUUGUCAGAGUUAGUCUAAAAAUAGUUGUCAAGUAUAGUCAUUAAAAUGAAUAAAGAAAUUCACAUAAAGCUCUGUCCAAAUAAUGGUGAAGGGGAGUAGACCUAAACUGUAAGUUCUUUGUUUCAGUUUUAUAGAGUAACAGAAAAUAGUAUGAAAUUAAUUAGAAUUAAAUCCAACACUCCAAAAAGACAAGAAUAAAGAAACAAAUUGUGAAAAUUCUAUUCAAAAUAAAUUCUGAUAAUAUGUGAUAUUCUGUACAUGUAUGUUUUGGCAUUGUUAUAGGUUAUGCAGAGUAAAACUCCCUGUAACCUAAAGCAAACAUGUGUUAUUCAGGGAGCCAUGUUUAUUUUCAACGUGCCUUGCCAAAGCAGGCCUGGUUGCUAGCCAAUAUGGCCAGAUUACAUAAUUAUAUGACACUUCCUUAGUAGAACAAAAGCAGUCUUAAAAGUCCCAAGAUUCCCAUAAUUGCAAGUUCACAAAAAAGUCCAAAACUUGUGAACUUUUAUCCUACAAAAAAUAAAAAUUUCCCUAAAUUUCUUCUUUGUGAAUGAUCACAUCACAAGGUUUUGUACCCAGUCUCAAUGUUAAGGUCUAGAAAACAACUUAUUAUAAAAUAAGCUCUGGCAGUGAAUGAAAUACUAGUGUCUUUUGAUCUUUGUUUCUUCUUUUCCAGACGUCUGCAGACUCAACUUGAAGCUUUUAAAUCUGCAGAAGCAUUAGGUAGCAAGCAAGCAAAGGUACAGUGUUUUACCGACAAUCAUUUUUAUACCAAUGUUACCUCUCUGUUAAUGCCAAGAGUGUCACACUGUUUUUACACUAUAACGUAAUAAGGUCAAUAAAAAAUAAAAAGGCAUUAUCCUCCUUUAAAUAGCUUUGUUAGAUUGUCACACAGGGGUGCAGGGAUGUUGGGGUGAUUAGAGCACUCAUGCUGGUGGCCCACAAUUGAGUUGACACGUCAACACCAAAUAUUGGUUGAGGUUGUAGUUGGCUGUCUCCUCUGCUUCUCAAAAUAUAACAUUUUUAAAUUCCAAGUUGAGCAGAAAAAUAAAAAAUAAGUCUAUAAUAAGUUUUGGAACUUUCAAGUGCCACUUUCUUUUUAAAUGAUCAAUCAGUUCAUGGAACUUUUCAAGUGUCAUUAUAAAAUCGGUUGGGCUAAAUUCUUUUUAAAUAAUUUUAUUUUACUUUGUUUUUUUUUUCCAAGCAUUCGGAGACCAUUGUACAUUUUGAAAAUUUGAGGGGCUUAUACAUGGAGGGGCUUAUUUUCGGUUGAUUGAGUCAGACUAAUUAUUAGCUUUUUCCAAACAUUGUAGACCAUUGUACAUAGUGAUUCAACUAAGUUCCAACUGAAUCAAUGGUAUCACUAAUUAAGUUCAAUGUCUGAAUCAGCCAUCAAUGAAAACAUUGACCCAAAAGUCUGGUACUGUCAAACUGAAAAGUUGAAAAAUUUGAACUUGUUCUCACAAAAAAAAAGGACAUGUGAGCAAACCUCAAAACCACAAACUAAUUACUGUUGCUGUUUGCGGUUUAGUUAUCUAAGACUUUAAUUUUAACAACAAUAAAUUCCAUAAAUAUUUCUGGUGUUCGGUUUUGCUAGAGUGAUGAAAAGUUGGAUGUUUGAACUGGUCCUAAGGUAAUAUUCAUUAGUGAGCUGUUUUACUAGAGUGAUGAAAACCAGAACAUGCUAAGUUCAAUCAACUUUCAAAGGUAUGACUUUAUUCUAAUUUAACACCUGAUUAUUUCACUGUGUCUUUGCUCUUUUUACAUCUGUCAGAAUACUGUCAUAUGCUUGCUGUUUGGAGUAUACAACCUGUUAAGAUGCAUUCUUUGAUUCUCUAAAUUUCUAGUCUCUUUAAGUCAGUUAGCCAGAACCUGUUAUAUCUUGUGUUUAAUGUCCAGUACAAGAAUAAUGUAUAGAUGAAAGUGAAGAAUGAUCAUCGCAGUAAAUUUUCCAAUUUAAGCAAUUGGAAAGAAGAAGCCUGAAAAAAAUCAGGGCUUUGGGAUUCGAACCUAUUAUCCAUGCAGUGCAUUGCUAUACCAAGCAUGAAGCCACAAAAGGUCAAUUUGUUGAGUUCAUAUCUUAACAUGGAACAUAGACAGUUCAAAAAUGAAUUAUUUUAUCCCAAAUUUGGGAAGAUGGUAAGAAAUUCAUGGCUUGGUGUCGGCUUAUUAUCUAUGCCAGUUUCUAAAAUAACAUGGAAAUUUUAUCCCAAAAUUUAAGAUACUACCAAAGCUUAUUUUUAAAAUUUACCACCAAAAAAAUGUAAUACAUAAAAUUACAACUUCUUUGUCAAACACUAAAACUAAAAUUGUCCAAGUUAAAAUUUGAAUGUUUUAAAUGGAGCACAGAUUUGCAAUUGUCUGAGAGAGAAAAGAAACUGAGAAACCCUUUGUGCAGUUUUUAUAAUUUAGCAAUACUAGUCCACUAACUCUGGGACAAGUAUUGAUGAAGAAAAAGUUUUUUGAAGUUUUGGAAAGGUGUGUGAAGAAGUAAAUAAAGUGGCGGCAAUAAUUCUUUACUCUUUAAGUACCCAGAGUGACCAACAAUGAUCAAUGAUUUUCUCCCAACAACAUCAAUAUAUCAUCAAGAGAAACAGUUAGGAGAAUUUUAAAAAAGGUCUCCAAAGGGAAAUUCUCUUAACUAACUUUUUAAGGAAAUGUAUUAAUCCUUGACACGGUGCCCCGGGAUCAUCCAUAUCAUGCUACAUUACCUAAGAUAAUAUUAUUUGUUGUUACAUUUACAUUUACAGUUGACUCCCGAUAACUCGAAGCCUCACUAACUCAAACCUCAUGCUAAUUCAAACCCUUGAUAACUUGAACCUCAUGCUAACUCCAACCCUCAAUAAGUCGAACCUCCCGCCAACUUGAAGUAAUUUUUGUUUCCCUUUAGCUAAUUUCUGUAUAAUUGAGGAAAAAAAACAGUGUACUGAAGUCCGAAACAUUGAAUCUAUAUCAAAACAUCCCUGUCAAUAUUUGUCUUUACUUUUUUGUCACUGCAGUUCAAAUUCAGUGCCCAUCCUUGUAUAUUUUGUCAAGUUUUUUUGUUGUAUAUUAAUCAAGGUUUGUUGCUUAAUCAAUCUACAUCUCUUGCUGCCCUUGAAGUGACGUGUGUAUGAUAGUUGCAUUCCCUCCCCAUCCAUUUAUUUUGCUUAUUUGCUUAUUCCAGUCAUUUGCUUCGAACUCCUGAUAAUUCAAACUUUUUUUGAUUUCCCUAGAAGUUUUGAGUUAUGGGGAGUCGAUUGUACGCAUUUUACCUUACAAAAUCUAUUAUAGACACAAUUGCAUGCUAGACGUAUUUGCAAGGUUCUGCUCUUGGUGACUAAGAAAAUUGUUUUUUUUUAGAUCAGUGAAAUGGAACAGAGAGUACAGAAACUUGAGACGGUUCUUGGCAAUGACCCAAGUCAGCUGGUAAAAGGCAUAUUUUUUUGUUGUUGUCUUGCCUUCCUGUACAUAAGGUCUGUUUACAACUCUGUAGCAAACCCAUCCUCUUAUUACAACAACCUUUUUUCAACUAUGUAUAAGCUUGAGCACUUUCUCAACCCUUUGCUCACUUGCCAACUUUCUUUUUUUCUUUUAAGGUUUUGAUUAUAAGGAUACUGAAAUAAUGAAUAUAUGAAAAUCACACAUUUACCAUUUUCACCUAGACCAUAAUGCACCUCAUUUACUCCUCAACAUUUUGCAUAGCCAUUGUUUCCAAUUUUUCCUGGGUAUUACAGUCGUCCCAAGAGAAAUUGAAGACAAUGGUUAGGCAAAAUUUUGGGGGGGUUAACAAGGUUCAUUAUGGUCUAUAUGAGAAUGGUGAAUUAGUAACUGCAGUUUGAAGAACUAAAUGAAAGAAGAUCGUCUUAGUUAUAGAUGCCAGGCUUGUAGGCGAGUUGAACCCUUGAUCUCUGUUAUACUGGUGUAGCACUCUGCCAACUGGGAGUAGGACCUGCAUUUGAUUCAGGAUUAAUAAUCUUACAGUGGAACCACGAUCUAUGGACACCCAUAUAUAACCGACAGUUUUGUUUGUCCCGACAAAAAGCUCAUACAUUUUCUCCAACAUUAACCCAGUUAAUACAGACACUAGUUAAUAUGGAAAACACACACUUCCCUAUGUUCCAAGUCACAUUCUCUCAUACUAUUAUAUCGUCAUUUCCACUAUACGGCCACUGGUUAUCUGUGCACUGUCCAUGACUUAAUAUCUUACCACUGAAAACCUAACAGAAACAACAAAUGACCUUUCAAACGUUCUGUCUAAUGUUCAGUCCAACUGCAUGGCUUAGUCACCAACUUAAAGCGUCAGUACAAAGUAAAGCCAUCGACACCAUUGUUUUAUUUAUUAGUCUGAAACUAUGAUAAAUCAGUGAUGUUGAGGUUUCUGUAGGAUGAACUUCAGUUUAAGUUACAGAUAAGAAAUUAAGUAACGUUUUCUCAGAAAAAUGUCUGCUUUAGUCUUUAUAUUGAUAAAACAUGCGUCCCUGAUGUUUUUUCUAAGAGCCCACUUAAUAUGGACACCAGGAUAACACAGACUCUAUGGCAUGUCUCCUUGGUAUCUGUAUUAACUGGGUUCCACUGUAUAUUGUAUGCAUUCAAAAGCUGCAAGUAGAGUAAAUGUUAUUAGGAUGGAAUCCAUCAGGAAGUUGACUAGUUUUAAUUUUCAGUGGACAAAAACCUUGUUCCAGAAUAAUUUUAGGCAUAUUGCCUUCUUUUUCACAUUUUUCAAUGGCUAUAGAUGUAAUUAGUUAUCUGUAAUAACACCAAAGAAAAUUUUUUUAUGGGAGCCGUAGAAAAUUGAUCAUCUUACACGUGAAAUUUUCAGAAUUUUAUCUGUGUUUUCACAUUUCUUGUGAAAUAUGACAUUUAUUUUCUCAUGCUCCCAUGAGAAAUUGUCUUUGGUGUUAUUACAGAUAACUAGUUUUAUCUCCAGCCCUUGAAAAGUGUAAAAAAGAUGGUUAAAAGCAAAACUCACAAAAAUACUUGUUUCAUGGGAAUCUCACCUUGAAUUGCUACUAACCAGUCUUCUGUAAUCUUAUUUGUUAUAUAGACACGAGUGUUUUACUGGUCAAGUGGUUUAUUUUCCAUAAUCUCACACGUGAGUUUAUAUACGUAAUUUGUAAUUUCCCUCUAUUAUUUUUCGAUGUCAUAUUGUCUAUAUUCUGGUGAAGAUAUGAAUUUUAGGUUUUUCUCCACUGAAAAUUUAAUAUUGUUUUGCCACUCGAAAAUAAAAUUCAUAUCUUCGCGCCACCGUGUAAUAUCCUCUAUAUAAUUUGUGUAGGGGUUAUUCUGGUACAAGGUUUUUUUCCACUAAAAAUUUAGAUUUCACUCUUAACCAUGAGGCAUUUUUGUCUUAAUUUACAGUCUGCAAUAACUACUGACCUUGAAAUAAAGGAGAAAAAUUUGUUGGUUUGUAUUACCUUAUGCCUUAUAUCAAAUAAUUAACAAUUAUUGAAUGAGGCUCAUUAUGAUCUGAAAGACUUAUGCAGAUCAUGGAGGCCAAGGUGGAUAAUACCCUCCAAGAUCCCUAUAAAUCUUCAGAUUAUAAUAUGAAAGCCGACUCCAAUGUUUUAUUGUUAAUUUAAAAUGAUUUUUACUGUAAAAAAUUCUUUUCCCAAUCGACGUUAAGUUCAUGGGUUGUUUAGUCUAACAGGUACUCUUCAAAUAGCAGUUUUUAUCCUUCGAGUUGUGUUUUAUUGUUCUUGGUACGUUUUUAAGCAAAAGUUUAGCAAUUUCUUCUUCUCAAAAUGUGCGAAAUUCUCCGCCAUAUAUUUCUCCAGUUCUACCAAAACAGCUGAGCUAACACAGCCGUGUCUAAGAGCUUCUUGGUUGCUGUGGCUUUUCUGGCGGUAUCCAGAAACGCUUCAUUUUACCAGAUACUGCAAAUGUCUUCCAAUUUGGUCAAUGCUUGCUGGUUAUAAAGGAUUAGACCGGGGAUCUGAGCCAAUCAGAAACAGAGAAUUAUUUUGAAUGAAAAAAGCAACCUUUUCACUCCUAGAAACAGAUCUGUUGCACUAUGCUAUUAAAAAAGUAGGAUUUCCGAAAAACAAAUUUAAUCAAUUUUUUCUUUGGCUGCUAUUAGAAGAGAAAGGGUUUAACUGAAAUAUCUUGUAUCUUGGUUAGGUUUUUUGUAUCCAACUCAGUGAAACACUCUGUGCAGCUUGUAUCAGCUCACACCAUUUUCUGUUCCAAAGAUGCAGGACAAGGCCUUAAGGAACCUCUGCUUUUUCAUCUGAUAUUAAGCAAACACUGCUUUUGCAUCAUUAAUGCUUGUACAAUUUGGGGUGCAAAAAAGUUAGCAAUUGCAACGUAUAUAAAAAUGUUUGUAAUUAUUAAUGGUUUCUAUAAAUCCUGUGUUCAUUUUUUUGAACAUUAGGCUGCAGCAUCAGCUCUUGAAGCAAAGGUUGCGUUACUUGAUGCCAAUCAUAUUGAACACGUUGAUGCUCGCUUGCAGGUAGGUUAAUAGGUAGUGAAAAGACAGAUUCAAGUUGAGAAUUUCUCAGAAUGGAAAAUAAGCAGAUAAAAACUUUCCAGAACAAUUCGUAUGGAUAAAACUGGCUUGUGAAGUAAUAAACAGUAAACGACAAUUACCGUUUGGCGUAAACGUGAAUCUUAGUCUCUCUAAUAUUCUAUGCUUAAUAUUUUGAGUUUGGAGUAACAAGAAACUCUGCUUCGUAUUGGCUCUCCCUGGUUUAUAAAUCUUGUACGUUUACGUUUUUCAUGUCACAGUCAUUCAUUGUCUUCUUCUCCUAUUUUUAAUUGUUUUGUCUAUUUAUAGGGUAUUUUACAUCACAUUAGUGCUUUAUCUGAGAAGAAGGGAGAAGCUGAAAACAGUGCUAAAGAAAACAAGGUGCCGUUUUAAGAUUGUUUGUACCUUGUAUCAAAUUUUAAAUGUCCUACUAUGCCUUGUUCGAAAAGUUAAUUGACUUCAAGACUGUGAUUUAAGAAAAAUUUUGUGGAAGGUUCAGUUGCAAGAUUGUCUUUCUUUAGUAACAAAUUUUACAUGCCCUGUACCCGCUAGCGGAUUCAGCUUUUUAAAACAGUAAAUAGAGGCUAUUACAUGGCCGCGCGGAGAUAGAAACUGUGGCGCUCACUCGUGAAAUAUUUUUCAACAGGAUUUGCGGGAUUUUAAAUUUAUCCUGGAAAUAAAAGGCUUACAGUUUUUAAAUGUUUUUUAGGUUUCAGAAUUAUAUGAUCUUUUGAAUAAGUGGGACUCCUUUGUUGAUGUAGUACCCGAUCUGGUAAGUUAUACUUACAGUAUUCCAAUCUAGCACGGCUUAAUACAUCACAACUAACUUAACUGCUAGAAAAAUGAUAGAGUGUAGUCAACCACACUUGUCUUUUAGACUAGGGGCGAGUUAGCUACGGGCGCUUUCUAUUUGCCAGAACUGACCUUAAUGAGAAUUUCACUCUAAAUCAAAACUCUCCAGCCAGAUAAGUUAAAUCCUAAAAUGAGUGCAGGAAGGAGAUGGUUUUUCAGCAAAAACCCCUGGAAAAAGCCGAUUUCAUUGUCAAAAUGACUGGUCCGGCGGUGGUUCGGCCGGCCAGUUGCGCCCCCAGACUCACCCUUAUAUGCUUGUAUAAUACAUUGGUAGUGAGUCUUAUGUCAUUCCCCCAUGCCUUCUAUAAAUACGGAAAAUGAGUUCACAGUCAAGUUUUUUGCAGUGUAAUACAUAUCACUCAGACAACGUAAUAGCUUGAUAUAAUUUACUUUGAGUAUUGCAGUGAUUUAUUGCGGGCGACAAGAGGAGCCCGCACUCCUAAUGUCGAGGUUGUUAUUACGCAUGCGUCACAUGUAUGUAGCCAGCAUUCGUUUGGACUUCCACUAAGAAUGAAUGGAUGCACAAAACGCAAUUUGAUCUCGCGCGUGUCGACUUUCGACUCGUAAUCUGACCACGCGUGUUUUGAUCGUCUGUCACGUGAAACUUACGCAGAGAAUCGCGUUAGAGCAAGAAAGCGUUUGGACCUUCGAUCGUUGUCGCCCGCACUCCUUAACCGUUGGUCAUUACCAGUACAUUUAAUAAUUUCCAAACGAAACGUGACCGAAUGAAGCAUUUUUUAAGAAGACCUUAUCUGUAAGGACGAUAGAUUUAAGUUUGGGCAAGGGAAAGUCGAGUCGCACUUGUCCAUUAACUUUUGAAGUUAAUUUUUUUCCUUACUCUAGAACUUUCUGAUAUUUCUUGAUAUGUGGCCAAACCCUAAUUACAUUUUUAACUUUUGAAGUUAAAAAUUGGGGUAAAGAAGGGGCCCCGACUUAAUAUGUCUUUCACAUCUUUAACUUCUAGAUAACAAGACUGCAGACUUUGAAAGCUCUCCAUGAACAAGGUACUUACUAACUUAAGCUGCUCAAGUUUUCAUCGGGAAAAUUCUUAUCCGGACUCUUGAAUUCUAAAACGGAUUUUUUAGCUAAAAUCCGGUAAAUGAUUCUGAAUCUUAACCUGGGCGCACCAUGAGUUCAUUCGCAACUCACACGUUGUUCCAUGACAAACUCCGUUUGCACCCAAACUUUCCAUAAGCAUUGUUUUCAAUUUCCCUCGGGCUUAAAGUCAUGUAUGAAUGUUAAACGGAAAAACCAUCAGGGAUGCGUGAUACUUGUACUUCAAUAGCUGAUGAGGUGAUAUUCGGAAAAGAAACAUAAAAAAAACACAAACGUUUCGGGUUUAUGACCCUUCUUCAAUGUGUGAAAAACCGUUGUACAGUAAUACGUAAUACCAUACACAACAGUUUUUCUCACACUGAAAAAAAGUCAUAAACCCGAAACGUUUGUGUUUUUUUUUAAAGCACUUGACCCUUUUUUUAUAUUUCUUUACCGAAAAUCACCACUCAUCAGCUAUUAAAAUCGUGCACCCGUGAGACCAAGUUUCUGUUGCAUAAACCGUCUAGUCUAGGACUACUGCUCCCCCCCGACGGGAUCGUUGGUGGUCCAUUGCAGAGCUGUCGGCCCCGAUAGUCGGAAGCUUAAACGAACUGUGUCACGAAUUUUAUCAAAAUUCUAAUAAUAUGAACAGCCACCAAAUUGGGUGAAACAUAAAAAUAACCGCUCAAAACAUUAACAGGACGUAUUAGUAGCACAGCAAAUACAAACGUAGGCACGGAUGGACAAAGUUGAAGAAGAUUAAAACGGAGUGCAAUUGUGGAUUUCUUAAAUCUUGUUAGCCUAACAGUUUUUCAAAGUUAAAUUUUGUUGUUUGUAAACUUUGAUACAAUGCUUGGGAAGUAUAUUCGUUGGACAAGAAGUUGUGAUUUUCUCAUUUACAAGUAAUUUUUUUGAUAAGGUUAAGUUCCAUAGCGCAUAAGGAAGCGUAAUUGGCAAUAUUGACAAAAUGAACCAGACAAUCGUGAUACUGCAGCCCCUUUAAGCAAAAGGGAGAAUAAGCCAAGACUUUUUUGAACGACGCACGUCAACCGUUAGUAAGGCGUUUUCCGUUUUAAUAUGCCUUGACGCUAACAAAUUUGUACUGCUUAGUGUCCUUGCUCUUGUAGAGAUGAUCUGCCCACUUCCGGCUGACGUUUGUCUCUCAAAGAACACCUUUGCUUAAAGUCCCUAAUACGUCAACGAUCCACAUGGCCCCAGUUGUUGAAAAGGUGGACAAUUUAACGUUAUUUUGUUGUUAUUACAUUGUAGCUGGCCAGUUUGGUCAGUCAUUACUCCAACUUGACUCGUCUCAGUCCACUUUGAAAUCCCAGAUGCAGGAUCAAGCAAAGCUGCUAAACGAGGUUAAUAUUGUUAAAUCCAUUAACGCAUUGUGUAUUAUUGUAAGGGAUAGUGAAAUACCAUACAACACACAGGACGAGAAAAAUGAGACACAACACCCUCAAUCCACAUGGGAGAGCGCAGUUCCCUCUUCUGCACUUUUAAUGUGUAAGUUAGACUGCGAGCAAACUUUCCUCUUGCGAGAAGUCACGCGCGAGCGGCACGCGUGUUCUCUGGCGGCUUGGCUUGCCUCGCUCGCCACCCAGUGUGUAGGUAUAGCCUGGCAUUGUCACCAACGAGAUGGCUGGAAUAAAACUGAACAUUAUUAUACCCAUUGCGCUCAUCUGACCCCCAAAAGGAAGGCCUGUUUACAGGCUACUGUCACAAAAAGGCGUUUAUCCUGCUGUUAUUUCUCAUAUUAUAGCUGCUUGCCUUUUUUUUGUGAACUGUCUUUUUUAAUGCCCUGUUAAAACAUUUUUUCCUUGUUUUUUUUUUUUUAGCUGGAAGCCAGCUUCACAGCAAACGUAGCUGCCAUUGAAGCCAACUGCGCAAGAGUAGAAGCGCGAAUGAAUGCUCUACUUGAAAAGUUCGAGACCAAGGGACGGUGAUAGAAAUAAAGAAAAGGGAACCAUAACUGGUUAGCUUAUAAAUAAGUAAAGACUAAGAAAACAGUUGCUCUUAACAUUAGAGACCUUUAGGCUCUACGACGAGAAGGACUACGAGUACGAAAUUUUCUCAAUGCUAAGAAGUGCGCGCGCGUGAACCAACGUGAUAGCCGUCGUCAUUCUACCACGAAUUUUAGCGUGAAUGUCGUACUGGCUGAAACAAGUUAUCAAAUGCUAGAGGUUUUAUCAUUUUGCUAUCGGGAGAGGGCUUAACCUCAUUCAAAAAAGAUAACAGUGAUAACUUUUUGGUGAAUCAAUCGUACAAUGAAACUUUCCGUCAAAAAACCUUUCGGUCAAAUUUCGUACUCGUAGUCGUUCUUGUUCUCGAAUCUAAAGGUCUCUACUUAUGAGACGAACCCAACAAGGAAAUAUUCAAAUAGCCUCUUUCUCUUUUCCAUUCAAUUUUAAGGUCUUUAAAUCUAGGGUCGAGUUGUUCAAAACUGGGUUAAGAUAACCCAGGGUUAGUGCGAGAUUUGAAUCAGAUUUGAAAGCUUAAAAAGCAUUUCAGUUUUAAUUCGUUUUGUCUACAAGUUGAUGAUUGGAAGCUCUAAAAAUAACAGAGAAAAUUAUCCGAGAAAAUGCUUUUGAACCCAAGAAAAACAAACACGGGUUAAAUUUAACCCCGGGUUAAGCGCUAGUCGGCCUUCGAACUACUGGGCCCAGUGCAUUGUCAUAUGAGUGGAUGUGUUAAACACAGAAGAUUUCAGAGGAGCAAAUCUCAUCCCCUAAAUUCUCUAGCCACACGCGCUUUUUGAGGGACCAGGGCUACCUGAAACGACAUUUUCUAGCCGUCUAAAAACAUCCUUGAUGUUACGAAAGUCAAUAAAGAAUCAUGGGACAGUGAGGUAAUCUGUUGGUGUCGACCGGGAUAAGUGAAUUUCACUUGAAGUUAUUUUUAGAGAGGGUUGUAAUUUGACGCAAGUCCAAUUCUUGGGACGCCCGCAUAUUUAAAUCGAUUGUUUGAAACGUCAAGUCCACGCGCGACUACCUCAAAGCAAACAAUGCAGAAUUGUAAUCACGACAAACGAAGAGAGUAUAAUGUCUCAUUAUUCUCUCUUGACAAUACAGAAUAAAACUUUGCGGACCUCUCCGAAAACCAGCAGAUGAUGCCGACGGCAGAAUUUUUUUAGAUUUUUAAAAGACAGGUUAAGGUAAACAGAGGUGUUGAAAAAAAUUCCUUUGUAAAGUGAUUUUUUUUCAAGAAUUUGCACCUUGUUUUAGCCUCAGUUUUCGACAAAAUAUCGUUGUAAGAGUUGUUUCCUUCAUUAAAAAACGUUUCAAGGGUACUAUUAUCAAAGUAAAAGAUUCCUUAGUCGAAAAGAUUAUUUAUUGUCUGGUAAGUCAUAAUCAAAUUUAUGCAUAGUGACUAGUUAGAUAGCUUUAAGUAUAUGUAUAAGGGUAAUAGGACUGAGUGGAGUCCAAUGUACGAGUGGUUAACAAAAUUGCGGGAGUCCGAUUUAUUAAUCACGAGUAUGAUUACGGACGACUCGAAGUCCUGAUACCAAUUAAUCAUAACCAUUACAAUUUCUGAGAAAACAAAUGCAUUCUUUUUUGGUGAAAGAGCUUUUAAUACCAAUUAUCCAAAAUUAGAGAAAAUAUUACUUGCGGAGACACUGUCUGAUGUUACACUGAAUUCGUCAAUUUUGGAAAAUCCCAGUUUGAUAGGAUAAGUGGUCGUUUCUAUGGUUAUUGUGAUAUAUUCUGUGAUUGGUGGAUUUAGCUGAGUGCACUUGAUAUGAUUGGUUGAUGUAACUGCCCAAAGAGGUGUGCGAUUACAGCCUGCUGUCCGAUUACACGGUCUAAUUAUAACCCUACGCAAUAAUUAGUGGAAAUUAAAGCAGUUAAUGCUCCAAUCAAAUUUGAGGAAAUU